CUGAAUAGAUAUGACCCAGAGACCACUCAAUCGUCCAGAAAUAAUCGACCUGACUACCUCCCUGGUAUGCGCGUACGAUAAUUCGAAUACAGGAUCACACUUCUCAGUUCAAGAGUUUUGAUCAACCGCCAUACGGCUGGUGAAGAAGGAGAUGAUACGGGGUCUCAUGUAGCUGAAUUAAGAGCCGCCGUCAGCCCCAUGACCGCUACGACUAUCGCCAAUACCUUUCACCAUGGGGUUAAGCGAUGAAUUUGAUAAUGACCCAAAUUUUAAACCCUUCGGACCUUUCAUACCGCACGACUAUGUUGUCGAGAGAAUCAGAACUCGAACCGUCAUUAUCGGGUGCACGAUAUUUGCGGUAUCGACCAUCUUCACCCUCAGUGCCGCUUAUAUCGGCGUGUUACAGACCAGAAGAAUCCGAAAGCCCUGGCGGAGUGCAUACAUCUGGAUGAUAUGGCUCGAGAAUAUUGCAUCAACGGCCAUCUCUAUCCUUUGCAUACUGCAUCUCUUCAAAAUCAUCCGACCAAGCUUUUAUUUCUACUUCUUUCUCCUUGUUCUUUGGGCUUUCCAAGUACAGCUCCUGCUACAAAUCAUCAUCAAUCGGAUUCGAGUCAUCUUACCGAACCGCAGAAAGGGGUUCAUCAUCAUGUACAGCGUAGCAUUGAUUGUAUCGUGCAUCAUUAUCAGCGUAUUCUGCAUAUGGGUACCGGCUCGCCUGCAAAUUUCAAGACGUUACGAGCGUAUCAACAACGUUUGGGACCGGAUCGAAAAAGUCCUAUACCUUAUUAUCGAUGCCGCAUUGAACUUCUACUUUAUUCGUGUUGUCAGGGCAAAUCUGGUUCGGAAUGGACUACAGAAGUACAAUAAGCUGGUACGGAUGAACGAAAAGCUGAUCGUUAUUUCCCUCCUUAUGGACGUCAUGAUUAUCGCAGCCAUGAGCAUACCCAACGGGUUGUUGUAUGCUAGCUUCCACCCGUUAGCGUACCUCGUAAAGCUGAACAUCGAAAUGAUCAUGGCGAAUCUGAUCAGGAAGGUGGCGUUGAAGUCGGCCUACGACGCGGAUUUCUAUUACGAGUUUGGCACAGCGACUGAUUCAAGCGGAAGUCGACCAAACUCAGCAAUCAUAUCUUCCGAAGUGGAGAACCCACCCUCGCGUCGACGCAGUCUGCUCCAAUCUUUGACAAUGUGGAUACCAAGAGGGAAUGAGAUUAAGAAGACGGAAGAAUAUAGUGUACGAAGUGAAGUGCGGGAUGACCUCGAGCUCCAAGGGAAAGUUAGACCUAGCGGCGAUACCUUCGGUAACAGAAGCGAAAUCCACCCGGUUGCGAGAACGAAAACCAAAGAUUCAAGCCGUUGGACCGAUGGCAUUGAUUUGACCACGGGAUUUUCGAAGUACAGCAGAGAGACCGGGACAUCAGGUCCAAGCGAAUACGAUAGCCAAAACGUUGACGAAGAGACUGGCUUGGUUAAACCGAGUGCGACCUACGCUGGAUAACAUCCCCACGUGAUUGUAAUUUCGAGUUGAAAUAUUCUACAAUCAAUACCAUUAGUGUGCAUACC